AUAUAAAAAACUGACACUAUUUCUUUUUUCACCAAGCAACGAAAUUAAGUUAAUUUUUUGGCAAAAUCGCCGCGUGUAAAUACCGAAUUUAAAAUAAAAAUAUUGACAUACACCCUACUAAGGCGAAUUCAACAUUGAGUGAAAGAACAGAUGUUUUUCACACAUGUUUAUUUAAACGUUUGCAAAUGAAAUGUAACUCAAAUUUGUUGUAUAUUUAAAAAAAAAUACCUGUUCCUUGGUGCAAUUUCAAAAAACUGCGUAAACAAUGAAGUGCUAUUACGAGGAGCUCGGCGUUGCAAGGGAUGCAAUCGAUAGUGAUAUAAAAACCGCGUAUCGUAAACUGGCUUUACGUUGGCAUCCAGACAAAAAUCUUCAAAAUCUUGAGGAAGCCAAAGAACGCUUCCAACUGAUACAGCAAGCCUAUGAUGUACUCUCAGAUUCACAUGAACGGGCUUGGUAUGAUAAUCACCGGGAACAAAUUCUGCGUGGUAAGAAUUCAGAAUACGAAGAGAAUUGCCUCGACGUGUUCCAGUAUUUCACUGUGUCAUGCUACAAAGGCUAUGGUGACGACAGCAAAGGCUUCUACGCCGUUUACCGAGAAGUGUUUGCAAAAAUCGUUGCUGAAGAUGCAGAGUUUAUGGAUGAUGAAGAAAAGGUGGCUGAAAUACCAAGUUUUGGUGAUUCGCAAAGUAACUAUGAGGAAGUAGUGGGUCCUUUCUAUGCUUUUUGGCAAGCGUACUGCACCAAGAAAACAUACACAUGGCUAUGUCCAUAUGACAUAAAAGAAAUAAAAGAUAGGCGCAUACUACGUGAAAUUGAAAAAGAAUUGAAGAAACUUGCACAAAAGGCUAAGAAGGAACGGAACGAAGAGGUGCGUAAUUUGGUGUCAUUUAUACGUAAAAGAGACAAACGUGUACAAGCGUAUAAAGUAAAGCUUGAAGAACGUGCAGCACUCAAUCGCCAGAAACAAGAACAGAAUCGUUUGGAGCAAAUACGCAAGAGACAAAGAGAACUAGAAGAAAUGCGUCAAGUACCGAAUCAACAUCUCAAUGAUAACUACGAAAUGCAAUUAAAAGAACUUGAAUCGCAUUAUAAUGAUGAUAUAAGCGACGAGGAUGAUGAGGAUGACAUGUUGGAAGCAUCUGAGGAAGAGCUAGAGACUGAAAUUGAAUAUUAUAAUGAAUUAUACUGUGUCGCAUGUAAUAAAUCAUUUAAAAACGAGCGCGCUUACAUAAAUCACGAAUCAAGUAAAAAGCAUCGUGAGAACACUGAGCGUGUAAAACAAGAUAUGUUGGAAGAAGAAGAGGCUUUUAACUGUGCUAGUGAAGAAGAGGCUAAAACAGUGAAUGACGAUAAUAUAGAAACGCACGAGGAAGACGAAGCCAUAUUAUCUUCUGCUAAUGAGGAAGAACCAAAACAAUCUAAAAAGAAUAAAAAGAGUAAAAAAUCAAAAACAAAUAAGUCCACUUUAGGUACUCUUCCAAGCAGUUCCGAUAUUGAAGAAGACUUGAACAACUUAUCUAUUUAUACAGAAAACAAAGACAACAGCGAUACAGAAAAUUGGAAUAGCUCAAAUAAAAAAAGCGCCAAAAAACAAAAAAAUAAAAAGCAAGCAAAAGCUUCAAGUGACAACAAGCAAAACAUUGAGGAAAUAAAAACUGAUCUCACAACCACGCUUAUAACAGAAACUGAGAAUGUUACUGAAGCAGCAACCACCCAUGAUUGCGCUACAUGCAAUGCUAAGUUCGAUUCCAAGAAUAAAUUAUUUGCACAUCUUAAAAAAACCAAUCAUAGCGUUUAUUUACCCAAGGCAAAAACGGAGUCUCCUGAUGUUAGUUCGAAAAAAGGAAAGGGCAAAAAGAAGUAGUUACACAUAUAUUUAAAGUACUAACUUUAUUCUAGGCAAUGUGCCUAUCAAGUACGCCAAUGUAUUAAAAAUUGUUACGUUAUCUAAAUUCUAUUUGCUUAUAUAUUUAAAAUAAAUAUAAUUGUAAAAUA